ACUUCGUGAAGUUGUUGUGAAGAAGAAUGUCUAUAUUAUUGAUGAUCAGUUUGUUAGAAUUACUAUUACUGCCAGUAUGUUAUUUGUCUGGUAAUAAUACGAAAACAACUUGUGCAAAAUGUGACUGCAAUAAAAAGGUUAUAAAUUGUGCAAAUCAUGGAUUAAACAGAUAUCCUAAUUUCAGUUUAUAUAAAACAGUUAGAACAAUUAACUUUAGUCAUAAUAAUCUUGAAUACAUGCCAGACGCUAAUUUGUUACCAGACCAUUUACUUAUUUUGGAUCUUUCAUUUAAUAAAAUCAACAGAUCUGAAAAUUAUUCAUUAUCAGAGUUGAAAACUCUUCAACAACUUAACUUGAGGAAUAAUAGUUUUCACACAGUAUUGGACGGCAGAAAAUUACCGGAAUCAGUAAUUUAUUUGGACUUGUCAGUGAAUAAGAUCAAUUCAUUUGGAACUUAUCCCUUUGUUAAUUCUAGAAAGCUCCAGGUUUUAGAUCUUCACCGAAACCUACUGAGUUACAACAGAACGGUAUUCAAACAACAUGUCUUCAAUAAUCUUCAAAGUUUGACCAAGCUGAACAUCGGUCAGAAUGGAUAUGACACAACUGAACCCGUCUAUCCCGAUGAAGUUUUUCAACACUUAAAAUCUCUCCAUACCUUAGUUAUUGAUGGAUUCUCGACCACAUCAUUCGGAAAAGUAUUUUCAAACAUGAAAAAUCUGCAGGUAUUAUCUAUAAAUAAUCUAAUGCUGCCAAAUCUUGGAAUUGAAACAAUAACGGAAAACUAUUUUGAAAAUUUAUCUCAAAUAACGGCUUUAGACAUUUCAUUACAUCGAUACAUUCAGAUUAACACAUCAGGAAGCGAAGUACACUUGAAAAGCAUUGAAUCAGGAGCAAUAGCUAAAUUAACAAAUCUUAGGAGUUUAGAUAUAUCAUUCAAUUCAAUGUUAGGAUUUUGUGGUUUGCGUAAUAUAACACAAGAUUUACCGAAAACAGAUAUUAAAGUCUUGAAGGCAAAUCAAAUUUAUUGUCCAUACGGAUUCAGUACUAUUCUUUUUGUUGAUGACAUAAAACCUCUUAAAGACACAAAUCUAACGAAAUUGUAUUUAGACGGGAACAGACUUGAGAUGACAGAGGAUCUAGCCCCGACUUACUUACCCAAAACAUUAAGGGUACUGAGUCUUAUGGGCAACCGGUUACGGUUAGAAAAAUAUAAAAUAGACGGAAUUUUCACAUUAACUGGUAUUCAUUCCUUAUUUCUAAGUUUUCAAGACCAAACCCAGUCACAAAGGGUGCACUCUGGAUGGUUCGUUUGUAACGAUUUCAUAGAUACACUUAAUUGUUUGUCAGACCGAAAAUCUUGGAUGUUACAAAAACAAAAUGGAGGCGUAUCUGCAAAACAACGCCAGGAAUCUUAUGAAUCCGACGAAUUUGGUUUGAUAGCUGAAACAUAUUCCUCGGAUUAUGUAAAAUAUGUAGAUUCUAAGAAUUUUCCAAAGAUUCGAUAUAUCCAGUCGUAUCCACAUAUAACAGCUGCAGAUAUCAAACCAUACCAACCACUUGCAACUAUAGAUAAUCCACCUCCCGACUGUACAUUCGAUCCCCUAAUCUCCUUUGUCAACGCAAUUCCACCAAAUACAAAACAGAUAUUUUAUGAAAGUUCUAACCUCGGGGACAUAAUCAUUCCUUUCUGGAUGAGCAAUGAUAUUUUAGAAAAUAUUUCUUUACGUGGAAAUAAUUUUCAGAAUUUUCAGGGACCAGUUUGUAAUGUUACAAACGUUAAGAUUUUAGAUUUGUCUGAAAACAAGUGUUUAAACAUCUUCGCACAUUUUUUCAUUGGAUUCAUUAAUCUAGAAAAACUAUUUCUACAGGGAAAUUUACUUGGAGAUGCCAUGAAAACAUUUGAACAUGGGGAAUUAUUUGAAAAGAAGUUGAAACUUAAAAUGUUGAAUAUAUCUUCAAAUCGGAUAACUACAUUACCAAACAACUUUUUCGCUCAUGUUCCAAAUAUUAAAACUAUUGAUAUCAGUCAUAAUCUUCUCACUGACUGGAAUGUUACGAUUUCUCAUCUAUGGAAGCUUAAUAUUAUAGACUUGUCCUACAACCAGAUCACUUUUCUAUCAGAUAAGGCUAUGAAAAAGCUUGACAAAUCUACGUCACAGCAUAUGAACAUAAACAUGAUGCAUAAUCCCUUUGAAUGCUCUUGUGACUCUCUUUCUUUUCUUCUCUGGUAUAAGAAAAAUCGUAAACGAAUGGGAUCGUAUUCGAUUAUCACCUGCAAGAAUAGUAAACGAGAACUGAUAUAUGUCGAAGAUGUACUGUUAAUCUUACAGAAACAGUGUAAUUCUAAAGUUGGAUUACUUAUAGGAGCUGGUUUAUUUUUAUUUGUAUCACUUGGAUCGAUUUUCGGAGCUAUUGCUUAUAGAUAUAGAAUUAGGCUAAGGUAUUCGUUUCAUAUGUUUAAAAGACAAUAUUUUGGAGGUUACGAACCACUCCAUGUCAACCAGAAUUAUGCAUUUGAUGCAUUCAUCUCAUAUGCCGACCAUGAUCGACAGUUUGUAAUAAAUCGUUUGAUAGAACUAGAACAGAAAAAGGGAAAGAGGUUAUGUAUUCAUCAUCGCGAUUUUAUACCAGGGAAUGAAAUUGCCGAAAAUAUAAUAAAUGGUAUUCACCAUAGCAAAAAGACCAUUUGUGUAAUAACACGUGAAUUUCUGAGGUCUACUUGGUGUAAUUAUGAAUUUAACAUCGCUCGUACGGAGGGAAUUUGCUCACGUGAGAGGGAAAACAUUAUAAUUGUUAUAUUAAUGGAAGAUAUUCCAUUCAAAGAAAUACCCAUCCGGAUAAUGGAAGUGAUAAUACAAGAAACCUAUUUGAGUUUUGCAGAAUGUCUCAAUGAUGAUGAUACAUUUUUGGACUUGCUUGCGACGGCAAUUGAAAACUAAACCUAUAGUAAGGGUAGUAAAAGUAUAUCCGGUUUAAGAAAGGAUUCAAACAUUAAACUGAUUUAAAAACCAUCUUGUAGUAUUGGAAGAGAUAUUAAGUGUUAUAAUAUGGAUAGUAGUACUAAUUUGAUAUGGACGACAUAUAUCGAUGUAACAAAUAUCAUUAAUGCCCCUUAAAUUCGUAAAAUAACUAUGUAAAAUAUAGAUUGCGUUUGAAGAGUGAUGCUAAUCAGAACUUGUCACUUUUUAUCAAUAGUUCGAAUUCGAAUGAAUUAAAAAGAAACUAAUCUUAUAAAUGUACACGACCGAAAACACGUAUCAUAUUCAUGAUAACCUAAAAAAAGAGCACAACAUUGUUAAAUCUGCAAACUUGCGGAAGCAGCUCUUUGUUCUUUCCUUGUUUGGAUUCGAACUGAUGAUAUUGAGGAAUCGAGACAACCAAAAUGGCCUGCAUUUUGUGCAGCGCUUUAAAUCACUCGGCCACAUAGCCUAUACAUAAAAAAAUGUACUAUUUUUUAUUAUCAUAGAUUUCACGUAUUUUUUUUAGCAAUAAGUUAAAAUCUACAUGAUAAUUGUCAUACACAUUUCCAAGUAAUGUGAUGAUAUUUCAACGCAUUAAUAUUUAUUGAUAAAAGUAUUGCGCAUUAUAUAUGAGGGCUUUUAAUGCUUAUCAUUAUGUCACGCUUGAAAAUGCAGACGAAAGGAAACAACACCAAUCAUAAAACUAAACAUAAAAAGAUCUUAUUUUUAAAUCUAUAUAUCUCGUUCAACUAACCAAGAAAAUGCUGUGGUUUCCCAUUGCUGUAUUAUAUCAUUACUAUUGUAAUCAGUACUUCAAGGUUAACAUUUAAAAUACGUAUUUGCGAAAGUAUAAAAUAUAGUUCACAAAGAAAAUAAAGAUCUGAUUUACCAUUUGGUUUUUAAAAUAAGAUAUUUAUACAUAACAAGCAUACCUAAUUUUUGUCGAGCGUGAGACUUUUGUCACAGAAAGCUCGACAUAUGGAUAGUGAUCCUUCGUCGGCGGUGUGACGCGUUGGAUAACUUUUUAAAAGCUUUAUAUUUUAGGAGGUGGAAGAGCUGUACGUUUUAUAAUUUGUAUAUAAUAGAUGCCUUAUGUUACGACGUUUCCGUCUGACCAUUAUCCUAGACCUCAUUUUUAUGGUUCAGUGACUACUUGAAACAAAAGUUAAAAGAUUUUUUGUAAUGUUAAAUUUCUCUUAAGAGUUAUAGGAUACCUAUAGUUGGUAUGUGCGUACCUUGCAAGGUCCCCAUGCCAUUCAGACAGUUUUCACUUGAUCUCGACCUCAUUUCAUGGAUCAGUUAACAAGGUUAAUGUUUGGUGUUCAAGUCCAUAUCUCGGAUACUACAUAAUUAGGUUUAGUAUAUUUGGUAUAUGUAAGGACUGUAUAAGGUAUGCCUGGUAUGGUUCAUCUGACCUUGCUCUACCUUUUCUGGUUCAUUGGUUAAUGUUUAGUUUUCUUGGUUAAGUCUGUUUCAUCGAAACUAUAAGUAAUAGGUCAACUAUAUUUAGUGUAUUGAAUGAUUGUAAGGUGUACAUAUACUUAUCCAUCGGUUUAUAUGACAUUGACCUAAUUUUUUUGGAUCAUGUUAAGUUUAUGCGAUAGUUGUAGUAAAGCUUUCUAUCUAGGACUAUCAACAAAAUAUCAAUGGUAAUAAAAAAAGAUAUUUCAGAGUGUGCGUUCUUGUUUAUGUAAAAUGUAGAAAAUUUACACGGAAUAUUAAUGUAGAUAUUGUU